AUGGAUACACCGCAAAAAACUGUAACCCAGAUCGGAACUCCAGUUUCUAAACUCAAAGUCGAGAAUUCUCCGGUGUUCAAUUACAUAAACAGCUUGUCUCCGAUCAAAUCUGUCAAAUCAAUCCCAAUCGGACAAACUUUAAGCUCUCUGAAUUUCUCAUCUCCUCCUUCUGUUUUCACUUCUCCUCACGCGGCUUCUCACAAAGAAUCUCGUUUCAGAAGUCAUAAUAAUAAUGCUUCUGAUCCUUCCAAAGAUGAUGACUCUGCUUCUAACGAAGAAGAAGGUUUAGUCGAAACCGAACCGCCACAAGUUCUGAAGAAUGACUGCAUUACUCCUAAAGUUAUCAAUGGUUCUUGUGAAGAUGGUGGAAUGGAUCUGCAGAAGAUGUGUUGUGACAAUGUUAAGGCGAAAAGCGAAACUCCGGAUUGGGAAACUCUGAUUGCGGAAUCUGAACUAUUGAUCUAUGGCUCACCUAAUGAUUCAGAGGCUUUUAGAUGCUUAUUGCAGAGAACAUCAAACUCCGAAACACGUUUAUCUGGUGGUCCAAUGUCGACAUUGGAGCCUGUUAACCCGAGCGUUGGAGCUAACUAUGAACCUGAGUCUUCAGAUGUGAGAAUAUUACUUUAG